AUGCCCGCCGAUGCAUUAUGGACAUUCGCAAUGGCAUGCAACGUCUACCUCACCUUCUUCCACAAAUAUAAUUCCGAGCAACUACGCCAUCUGGAAUGGAAAUAUGUUCUCUGCUGCUACGGCGUCCCAUUCAUCCCUGCCUUCGCAUACUUCUUCAUCCAAACUCAAGCUCGAGGCCGCAUAUAUGGCUCUGCCAUUCUAUGGUGCUGGAUCUCCGUACAAUGGGACUUUCUCCGCAUCGCCAUCUUCUACGGACCAGUCUGGUUUGUCAUCUCAUUGACCUUCGCCAUCUACCUGCGCGCAGGAACAGUGAUCUACCAAAAACGGCGUCAGCUCCGGAAUCUCGGCGGCAUCGACUCAGAGAUCGCACCAGAAUCUCCAUUCGCCAUGUUGACGGGCAUCCAGGUGACCAGGGAGAUUGCGUGCCAUACACCAGAACGUCGAUCUUUGUCGGAGGGUUCCGCGCGCGGGCUACCGCCAAAUGCAUUCAGGGCAUACUCUGUCACGAUCGAGGGCGGGAGCACUACCAACAAUAUCCAAGAGCCCAGGCCAAGUGUCGGUCCGAGCCCGCUUCAACACGAGCAUUCUGUGAAGUCCGGGCGAUCGGAUCAUGACUCGCAGCGCAGGACCUCCACAGACGCUAGCUCUGCUACGUGGGCGUCCCCUCAACAAUAA